AAUGCCAUCGCCGCCGACACUAAAGCAGCGGUGGGAGUAGGAAUACGCUCGCGAACUGUUUCUCUUCUCGAGAGAGCAAGAGCGGAGUUAUGAGUUCGGGGGUAAUGUAGAUAGCGAUCGUGUGUGUAUCGUGCCGCAUCUGGAAGGAGGCUUCCUAUAAAAGUCUUUCCGAAAUCGAGUCAGACAUCAGUCUAUCGACACAGUCAGCCUCGAGAGCCAAGCAAACCCCAAAGUCACUCAAGAUGUUCAAGCUCGCCGUGUUCGUCGCCCUCGUGGCCUGCGCCUUCGCUGCCCCCAAGCCCGGUUACCUGGCCGCGCCCGCCGUCUACGCCGCGCACACCGUCCCGGUUGCCACCAGCUACCAGCACCAGACCGUCAUCAAGAGCCCGGUUGUCUCUUCCUACACCUAUGCUGCCGCUCCCGUUCUCAAGACCUACUCUGCUCACCCAGCCCAUCUGACUUACGCCCAGGCUGCCCCUGUGUACAGCAGCUACUCCGCUCCUCUCGGCUACACACAGUACGCACAUGCUGCCCCUCUUGCUUACAGCAGCUACCCCGCUCCCGUCCAUGCCUGGUAAACAGGAACGAUCGAGUUUGGUGCCAUUAGGAGAAUAAGGAUUCAACCUCAUCUAGUCUGUCGCUCAUGACAGCUAUAGCUAAUUCAAUAAAUUUUGUCGUCCGCUCCGGCGGACGAACCCUUUCUUCGUAAUAAAUACAGAAAUUUAGUCAAUUGAAA